AUGCGGGUGAUUAACCUGGCCUAUUCACUAUUUUUAUUUCCUCAGGCAAAAGGUUCACCCAACACAAAAUACCUUUUAAGAAAUUUCCAGAGUUCGAGUAAAAUGAUACAUACCUUUGAUUUCGAAGUUUUUGGAAAAGUCCAAGGAGUUUUUUUUCGAAAAUAUACAAAGUUGGAGGCAGACAAGUUAAACAUAAAAGGUCAUGUUCAAAACACAGAUCGGAACACAGUAAUAGGAACGGCAGAGAGCAAUAAUAAAGAAUUGUUGGAGCAGUUCAAGAAAUUUCUCAAUAAUGUAGGAAGCCCAUCAUCUAGAAUUGAUAAAUGUUUAAUAACGAAUGAAAAGACAGUUAACACAUAUUCGAGUACAGAUUUUGUUAUAAGACGGUAA